AUGGAUCCGUUAUUCCAGAAAAUCCAAACUCUCAGUCGUCCUGCCUCGUCGGCGCAGACCCCCGGGUCCAAUGUCGCAAAGCAACCCCGCAACCUCGACCCAAGCCUGCAUCCAUUCGAGCGGGCAAGAGAAUAUACUCGGGCACUCAAUGCUACGAAACUAGAGCGGAUGUUUGCUGCGCCUUUUAUUGGGCAGCUGGGAAGGGGCCAUGUCGAUGGGGUUUAUACUAUGGCGAAGGAUCCAAAUAAUUUGCAGAUUUUUGCCAGUGGAAGCGGAGAUGGCGUCGUCAAGGUCUGGGACUUGACCAGCCGUGAGGAAAUAUGGAACGCAAAUGCGCAUGAAAAUAUUGUUAAAGGGAUGUCAUGGACCAGGGACAAGAAGCUCUUGACUUGCGCCAGCGAUCGGACGAUCAAACUCUUCGAUCCAUACAAUACAUCCUCGGGGAAAGCUCCCACUGCUACCUGGCUUGGUACAAACGCAUUUACAAGCCUGUCACAUCAUCGGUCAAAAAAUGCAUUUGCUGCUUCCUCUGGAGUUAUCUCCAUCUACGAUCUUGAAAAGACCAACGCCCCACCUGAUGUUCUCAAGUGGCCAACGGCCACCGAUACUAUCACCGCUGUUUCCUUCAAUCAAGUGGAAACCUCAAUACUGGCUUCUACAGCUACGGAUCGAUCAAUUAUACUCUAUGAUCUACGAACAUCGAUGCCUUUGGCUAAGACUGUUUUGAAUUUUGCUUCGAACGCGAUUGCAUGGAAUCACCAGGAGGCAUUCAAUUUUGCAGUUGGUUCCGAAGACCAUAAUAUCUACAUUUUUGAUAUGCGGAAAAUGAACAGAGCUCUGAAUGUCCUGAAGGACCAUGUGGCAGCUGUUAUGGACGUGGAGUUUAGCCCAACUGGACAGGAGCUUGUCAGUGCAUCAUAUGAUCGAACCGUUCGUUUAUGGAGUCGUAUGAAGGGCCACUCGAGAGAUGUCUAUCACACCAAGCGAAUGCAAAGAGUCUUUUCCGCCAAAUGGACCCCGGAUUCCAAGUAUAUCCUUUCUGGGUCUGACGACGGCAAUAUUAGAUUAUGGCGAGCGAACGCAUCGAAAAGGGAAGGUAUCAAAUCAGCAAAGCAACGACAGUCUUUAGAAUACAACGAGGCUUUGGCGGAACGAUACGCGCAUAUGCCUGAAAUUAGACGCAUCAGGCGUCAUAAGCAUAUCCCCAAGGUCGUGAAGAAGGCUGGGGAGAUUAAGUCCGAGGAACUCAAGGCGAUUAAGCGGAGAGAGGAAAAUGAGCGAAAGCACACGAAGAUGCAAUUUAGGAAGCGACGGAACGAGAGAGAGAAAAUGAUUCUGGCUGCCGAAAAAUGA